GCGGAUGCAAAACCCGGAAAAACUUUCUUAGCAAUCCAUCACUGCUCCGGAACUUUUCCCCUAUAACUAUUGAAGAGUCGGUCGUGUAGACAUUUAUCUAGGGGGUUGACCGUGUAAAGAAGUGCUUUUUGUAUGCGUUUGCUACUUUUAACCUGUUAUAGGUUAAGGUAGGGAUAGUGGUUUGUCUGUUAUGUUUGUUUACAUGCUGAAUCAGCUGACUAGCUAAUGUUACUGAUUCUGCAAUCAUUAACCGAGUCACAUGAGCCGUUAAUUAUCCACAAACUGUCUCUUCAUAAUUAAAAAAGUUACUUCCGUGAAAGAAUUAAUACGGAAAUACCUAAGUAAACACGCGUUUUUGUUCCUAGUGAGCUACAAUGCGAAGCUAACAUUUAGACGAGGUGUUAGCAACAUAUCGGUCAGAUGAAGUGGCUCGUUUAAAGGCCCUGUGGUGACUUCAUGCCAACAUGCCCUGCUCCUGUGGGGACUGGAGGAGAUGGAUUCGGCCUUUGGUCGUCGUGUUGUACAUUUUGCUGCUGUUAGUCGUCCUGCCCUUGUGUAUCUGGGAGCUGCAGAAAUCAGGGAUGACUUGUGUGAGUUUAAAUCCUUCCAGGGAAACCUCAGAGUCUGCUAUGAGCUUGUUCUUCCACGCCUCUGCAAACAAACAUCAGGCUGUCAGUAGUCCAGCAGCAGCCGGGCCAGCACUGAGAGCUCAUCCAAUUUAUUGGGGAGGGAGCAGACAUUUCCCAUAAUCGCAAAAGGUUGGCACUCAUAACAAAGCAUGGUUCAUUGCUGGGAUAUUUGUGUUCAUGACCAUACCUAUAUCGCUGUGGGGCAUCCUUCAGCACUUGGUGCACUACACACAGCCAGAACUGCAGAAACCCAUUAUCAGGAUAUUAUGGAUGGUCCCCAUCUACAGCUUGGACAGUUGGAUUGCACUUAAGUACCCCAGUAUAGCAAUUUAUGUGGAUACAUGCAGAGAGUGCUACGAGGCGUAUGUCAUCUACAACUUCAUGACUUUUUUGCUGAACUACUUGGAGAACCAGUACCCCAGCCUGGUGAUGAUGUUGGAGGUGCAGGAGCAGCAGAAACACCUGCCGCCCCUGUGCUGCUGUCCCCCAUGGCCGAUGGGAGAGGUUUUACUGCUGAGAUGUAAACUCGGAGUGUUGCAGUACACUGUCGUCAGACCCGUCACAACAGUCAUCGCUUUAAUCUGCCAGCUGUGUGGAGUUUAUGACGAAGGCAACUUUAGUUCUGCAAACGCUUGGACAUACCUAGUCAUCUUCAACAACAUGUCACAGCUGUUUGCUAUGUACUGUCUGGUGCUGUUCUACCGAGCUCUGAGAGAUGAGCUGAGUCCCAUCAAGCCCGUGGGAAAGUUCCUGUGUGUCAAAAUGGUGGUGUUUGUUUCUUUUUGGCAAGCCGUGCUGAUUGCUUUGCUGGUAAAAGUGGGCAUCAUCUCAGAAAAGCGUACGUGGGACUGGCAAAGUGUGGAAGCUGUGGCUACUGGGUUACAGGACUUUAUCAUAUGUGUGGAGAUGUUUCUCGCCGCUAUUGCUCAUCACUUCAGCUUCACCUACAAACCCUACAUCCAGGAGGCAGAGGAAGUGUCCUGCUUUGCCUCUUUCAUGGCCAUGUGGGACAUCUCGGAUGUCAGAGCGGACAUUUCAGAACAAGUUCGCAAUGUUGGGAGGACAGUCAUGGGCCGUCCAAGAAAGUCCUACUUUGGUGAAGAUCAAAAUGACGGUGAGCGAUCCGGUCUUCUCUCUUCAGCGUCUCAAGACGCCAUCACCGAAACUGCGUCUAAAGGCCAGUAUGAAGGCCUGGGCAGAACCCUCACUCCGCAUUCUCUGUCAGCACCUGCUGGGCUGGACUCGGCUGCAUUGAAUGAUGGUUUGGAGUCUAGACCUGAAUCAACCCAAGACCAUGGAAGGACCAACCGAACCAAAGAACCAGAAGAGGCAGAUCUCAUUGUGAUCAUCUAGCGUGGACUGGUGUGACGUGGUUGGGCAGGUCCCAGUUACAGCCUUUUAGUUUCUUCAGAUGUUACUGAUGGAACUCAAAGUGGUUUACAGGGGCGCAUCAGCCCAAAAGGACCUUUCUGCUGGUGACAGCUCGAAGAUUGUUUGAACUUACGGCACAACUAACCGGUUUACAAAAUGCACUCGAAGCGGUUUUAUGUUGUCCGAAACACUUAUGCAGAAGCUCGUGUUGGGAUACUGUAGUUUCAAAACUUGCCCUUAAGAACAUAAGAACAUCCAGUAAAGGACCUACUGGUGCACGAUCGUUCACAGGACAGACUCGUUGGGUUUGUCUGAGUGAAACAGGUCCAUGCUUCUCACAAGCAACUUAACCAAACUUAAAUGUUAUGGAUAAAAAAAAAUAACAUUUACAGUUUUUCUUCUUCAGAUUAAAUCUUGGCUUACAGACAGAAAUGAGUGCAUCUCAAAUUAACAAAGGAAUUUCUAAAAAUAUCCAUUUUAAGCAUAAAAAACUGCAUUCUGAAAUCGUACAGUCAACACUGGUAAAGCCUUUAGGACAUACAGCAUUCUCUGUAGUAAACCGAUUUACUUCUCAGAUGCCUUGUUAUAUGUAUUUUAGGACUAAAAUAUUAAUUACACUACAUAAGGAUCAGACUGGAUUGUUUUUGUGACAUCAGCACUUUGUCUUUGCUUUUACAAGCAUUUCCCCCUCUGUUUCUACAAACAGACACCUAACGUAAGGCUAAAGCUGUAUUUCUGUCACACGCACCAGACUGAUACUAUUAUCACAUAACGCCCAUUUUACCUUUUUAUGUUAAGCUUCAAUCAAAUGUGAUGUAAAUAUUUGACUUUUUAUUACAUCAAUAAAACCUUAUCCAACA